AGUUAGUUGAUAUUAUUAUAUUUUUACUUAUAACAAUUAUUAUUAUUGAUAACGACGGCCGCAGUCAUACCAUUCGAGUAUGGCAUGCUCGAACAUUUUUUUAUCCGUCGUGGCGCGUCUUAUCGCCUAAUCGUUCCUUAUCAAACGCUGAUCGUAGCAAUUCGCAGUUUUUCUCAACUCACAGUAGCGCACCACCUACAGCCAUUAUUUCGUCUUCCGUCGGUCUCAGAGGCUUAGACUUUUUUUUUUUCACUCGCCCCUCGUCCCUAGCCGCCGAACGAACCGAUCCACCGACGCUAUGUGGAGUCCCACGCACGUACAGGUCACAGUUCAGAGGACCAGGGGCUUAAACUUCAAGAACAAAAACGCCAAAAAUGAUCUAUUUGUUACCAUUGGUUUGGGGAAAGAAAAAUAUCAAACAUCGCCAAAAGAAAAAGCAAUUGAUACAGAUUUAACAGAAUGGCAUGAAGUUUGUGAAUUACAAAUUCCUAAACAAGGAAAUACUGCUGAAUUAGUAUUAAGUGUACUACACCGAAAUUUUUUGGGACUUGACCAAUUUUUAGGUCAGACAACAAUACCUUUGGCUGAUAUUGAUGUUUACGAACGUCCAAAAAGCAAAUGGUAUCCUUUAAAAAGCAAAAAUGGACAAGAAAACAAAGAACGUGGUGAGUUGCAGGUCAAAAUAGCAUUCACAGUUAAAUCUGGAAGUCUGCGAGAUCUUAGCAAGAAAGAAAAACAUAGAUUAUCUGUAGGGCAAUUAUCUCACACAGCUUCUAAUAUCAGUGGUAGUUUGAUGAGCAUUAGUAGUGUCGAUAAAAAAUCCUUUAAGAAGCUUGCCAAGACAAUAACGGGAAAAAUUAAAAGAGAAAAAAAAAUCCAAGAAAUAUCAUCCUCCAGUAUUAAUUUAAGUGUAGAAAAUCCAAACAAAGUAAACUCUUCACAAGCAGGAUAUGAUGCCGAUCCAGGUGUUAUCAGUGAUGAUGAUGAUUUUGCACUUGAAGAUUUAUCGCACAAGGGGUCAGCUUGCUCUUUAGAGACAUCUGGUCAAUCCGAUCGCAAAGGAGUGAAUAGUUCACCUAUUAGCGGGUUAACAUUACAUAUGCAUGGGUCAGUUGAAAGUGUUAGUAACUCAGAUACAAUGAACAAAUCUCCAGUUAUGAAUCGUUCACCAGUUUCUCAGACACAAGAUGAAUGGCAAAGAAAACUGUACAAAAACAAGGAUAAUAAUACAUUAAAACUUUCUGACACUCUCAAAACAAAAUUGAAAGAUGCUGUAGAUGUGCCAAUCAGUCAUGAUAGAACUAAAGAUAAAAGUCCAACGCCAUCUCUCAAAAAUAGUCCUAAAGUUCAAAAGAAGCAUCCAAUUUCACCACUUGAUGACCGUUCUUUUAAUAAUAAGGAAUCCAACCAUGAUAAUGACACAUUACCAAAGAGCAAGUCGGCGUUGUCCUCGUGGAACAAAGCAUAUGAGCGCAUCAUCAUCGGCAAGGAAAAAGAUUCCAAAGAUUCCAAUCACCAAAAUUCGCAUUCUAAACACUCAUCAGAAGUGCUUCAAAAGUUUGAUGGCAAAUCCAGAGAUGACUUGAUUGAAAUGGUAAUUCAGUUGCAAACUAGUUUGCGCGAUGAGAGCAAACAGAGAACCGAACUAGAAGAGUACUUGGACAAGCUGCUGCUGCGCGUCAUGGAAACUUCACCAAAAAUCUUGCAAACGCCUUACAUUUGUUACAAGCGCAGAGUAUAGUAUUAUUAUUUUACCAAACAAUAGUGACCGGACCGAAAAUGUAUUAUUUUUUCUAUUAUUUUAUUAAAUAAUUGUAAUCAUUUUUUUUUCAACACAAAUGAGAUAGCUUGACUCGCCAAUUAGGUGGUGGUACGCCCGACUGUAUUAUUAAUGGCGAGCCUUUAUAAAAUAUUUUUUCAACCAUUACAAAUAGUAGAAUUGUUAACACUUCUUGUUGAAUUAACACAUGUAUAUUUUUAUACUUAACACCAAAUAUGUAAUUUUUUUUUUUAACUGUAUUUUGUUGUUUUUGGGAUUUACAGCAUCAAAAGUCAAAACGAUGUAGCCAUUUAAAUGUAUGUCACGGUUAUUAUGUUAUUUUUCUAUCAUUACUCGAUUAAUUGUUUGAUUAUUUCACGAUUUGCUUGUUAUUUUUAUUAGACAAAUUACUAUUAUACAUACAUAGUGUAGGUGUGUAACAGCAGAUAUAUUUUUUUUACUUGUUUUGUUAUUUUACAGUUAUUUUUUAUAACAAUUUUAUGACCUUGAUAAUUGUAGUAAUUUAUUAUUAUAUAUUUUUAUGCCAUAAUAGAAGGCAUAAAUAAAACAUACAGUGUAACAAAGUUUUAAAUUGUUUUUGCCGUAAAUAUGUUGAGUUGAUUUGUUUAAAAGGCAUAUCAUAUUUAUUUAUUUUAAUGAUGGAAACAGAACUCGCUGCCUAUUGUGUGAAACAAUUUUUUUAUAACUACUAUUUAAGUGUAACCUAAUGUUGUGAUUUUUGUAUGUGCUAUUUUUUGUAUAAGAAUAAUCUAACCGUCCCUUGUAACUAACAUUAAUUUUAUAAUUUUAUAAUACUGCUCAUUGUAUACACAAUGAAUGCGCAUAUUGUCAUCCGUAUACAUAAUUGUCUUACCUUAUAAGACAUUAUGUUAUCAUUUUAAUUUUGUUAUCAAUCAUGUUAUCUGUUUCUAAUAUUACUAACAUAUCAGGGUGUUAUUCAUAGACCUUAUACUAGUAUAAGGCCUAUGGUGUUAUUAUGACAUUAUGGAUUAUAGAUUAUUUAUUUAAUAUUAUUAAAAAUAAUUAGUGAUAUAAGUAUUUUUAAGUAUUAUGUUACUUUAGUGCAUGUGUUAGCAAAAAUCAAACUUUAUUUUGAAUCCAGAACAUAGAAAAGAAAAAAACUGUAUCACCAGUAAUGUCCAACUUGAAUGUUUGAGUUCACUCAUAAAUAUUUGUGUUUUUUAUUUCUUCCGUCUGUGAUAAAAACAAUUAUUUUAUUUAUUCAUUUUUUCCAGAAUAAUUAUUCAAAUGCUGUACAUGUAAUUGAUGUUUGAUAUAUUUUUUUUAUUUUUUAGAAUGUAUUCAGUUUCUAGACUUUAAUAUUUUUUAUUUUAUUUUUUAAUUCAUCAUUUAGGCUUUUUAAAACCCUUUUAGAUAACAAUUGCUGACCCCUUGGUGUAGAACAUGUGAUAGCAAUUAAUUAUAUCUAUUGCAUCACAAUAAACUAACUUAGUUAAUCAUGUAUGGCAUAUUCUAAAUUAUUGUUAAGAAUAUUCUUUAUUUAUGAGGUUGAAAUUAUCAAAAAAUAAUUAUAUUAUUUGGUUCUGAUUAUAUAACACUGUAUUUUAUAAGUUAUUGUUAUUUUAUAUUUAGGUAAAAAUUAUAUAUAUAUAUAUUAUGAAACUAUUAGAAAUAUUAUUAGAAAUGAUAGUUUUAUUUUUCAUAUAGAUUUUUAUUGUAUUUAUUUAUUUAUUAAUAUAAUUGAUGUUUGGGAUGACCAAAAAACAUUUGUUGUACACUUUAAUCAUUAAUGGUUUUGCAAUAUAACAUUGGUUAUAUUCGAUAAAAAUAUAUAUUAAUGUAUUGAUA